AUGGACUUACUCCAGGACAUGAAAUUUCCGAAGCUCGAUGGCGAUCCGCUUAUUGACGAUAUCAUCGACAAGUGCUGGCACAACCAAUAUCGCACGCUUGCGGAAUCGGCCACACACGCAGUGACGCUGCUUAGGACGCCACUCAGCGAAGCACUGAACCCCGAAUCAGCCUCCGCCCCCGGAUGGCACACGAGUAUAGAGAGAAUACUGCCUCAGUUGUGGCACUACCCGGGGCCCAAAGGCGGAGCAACGGCGGAGCAACGGCAAGGAAUUCUGCCGAAACUUGGAGAAGCGCGGACUUCUUCGCCUACUUACUUCGGGUAA